GUUAUUCUAAAAAAUGUCAUGCUAUCCCAAUUGUAAUAUUGACUGUGGUUUAUGCUCCUGUGGCAUUAGAGUAUAAAUUAAAGGCCUACUCUGUUAAAGUUGUCCUCAACUUCACGCAUUUACUUGAACGUACCCCUAUACCCAUUUCUCCAUGCCUUUUUGUCUCUACUAUGCUUACCCCGAAUGAUGUAUAUGAUACUGCAUCUUCGAUUGGGCAAGAUUGUCAGAUGCUAAUAGAUCAGCAUGGUCCAGAAAUUCUCUCUUCAUUAAUGCCUAAAGUUGUCAGUAUUCUAGAGGAGCUUGAAGAAUGUACAUCUUGCUUCGAAAAAGAACAAGAGGAAAUAUCCCGCCUACAAUCAGUUAUUAAAACUCUCAAGGAAGAAAAGCAAUCCAGGAUUGAUGGUAGAAACACUUAUGAUAAGGGGUUAGAACAAUUGGAGCAAAGCUGGUUUACAGAGACGCGUGAUCUCCUAGCU